AUGUGCAUCUCCGUCCUGUCAACCGCCCACCCACACUAUCCCUUCGUCCUCAUCAGCAACCGAGACGAGUUCAUCAACCGGCCCACGCUGAACGCGGACUGGUGGGAUUCGCCUCAUCGGCACGUUCUCGGUGGCCGCGAUGCGCAACGCCAGGAACGGGGCACAUGGCUCGGCAUCACCAAGCAAGGUCGCAUUGCCAUACUCACCAACUUUCGCGAGGAGGGCAUCGAGGUCAACAAGGACAAAAGUCGAGGCGCCAUCACCAACUCCUACCUCUGCGUCGACCCCGACAGCCAGGAAACGGAAGAAGAAUUUGUCCGACGACUGAUUGACCAGGUCGGUAUUCACGAUGUCGGGGGCUUCACCCUCAUCUUCGGCAAGCUCAGAAAGCCAAAACAUACCCAAGAGGAAAACGCAGUACCCGCGGCAGGUCUCGCGGUCAUCUCGAAUCGCACGGAAACCGCAGAUUCCCUGCAACGAGUGGCGGGCUGUAUUGGAGAAACUCACGGCCUGAGCAACAGCCACUUCGGCGAUGUGACUUGGCCCAAAGUGGUUCAUGGCGAGAUUCAGCUCGCCCAGACGAUCAAAAUGGACGUCAUCAACGGCGGCAACGAGGAGAAUUUCAUCAGAGGACUGUUUGGCGUCUUGUGCAUCGACCUGCUGCCGAAGCGGAAGGAGAAUGAGAGCUGGGACGAAUAUGUUCGACAUAUGCGCGGCUCGAUCCUGAUACCGCCUGCGAAGGGCGAACAGGCGCAACAUAUGGCUGGCUAUAUCCCCGCUUCGACAUCACUGAACGCAUCUGCCGGCACCGACCAAGCCCCUACGCCCAAUGGUGGACACCUGGCUGAGACGGCGUAUGGCACUUCCAAACAGACUGUCAUUUUGGUCAACAAUCAAGGCAGAGUCAUUUAUGUGGAACGGAGCUUAUAUGAUCAACACGGUACGCCCAUACCGGAGGACCAGAGGGACCUCCGCUAUGAAUUCGAUAUCGAGGGCUGGUCGGACACCCCAUAG